AUGGUUCAGGAAGCCCACGCAGCCCGGGUGACGAAGACUGUAGCUCUUAAAGAAGAAUUCGAAUCUAAUAUAUAUUCCAUCACCCAAGACCUGCUGAAUGCUGAGGUUACGCUGGCCGACCAAAUCAAGGACGUGGUAGGACGGGCUAGGGAGGAGCUGGGUACUCUCGUUGGAAACUUCCUGGAGGAGGCCGCUGCCGAGCUCCAAGAAGGGCGCCGUCUUGCUUAUACCUUCUACUGUCGUCUGAGGGAACUAACGUCUAAGGUCGUCGAGAGCGGCGGCGUGAGCUCCGGAGAGGCGGACCCGAGGGCAGCCAAGGUGUUCGAGGGCGGAGACACCCUGACGGCGGCGCUGGCGGGGAUCCACGACCGUCACUUGGCCCUCAUCGAUGCCAGGGAAAGCGACCUGCAAGACCACCUUCACCAGUGGCUCACAGACACUUUGAAUCAAAUUGAGAAGAUUGAGUGGGCGAGACAUCGCAGUCGAGUGGAGGAAAUUACGACCCUCACGGCGAGACAGAGACAGCUUGUGUACGACGCCAUGCCGCUUCUGCAUGACUAACAGAAUUUGUCUUCUCAUCAACCACAUAAGCAGCAACAGGAACCGCGUGACUGAUGCUGACAAACUGAUGCAUACCACCUGUGAACCAGCGGUGACUGUGACGCAUACUGAUCGAAAAAAAGAACAAAAAAACUUUAAUUUUAAAUACAGAUCGUUUAUAUAUUAUUCGUGUAUCCUUAUGAAGAUAUGCGGUUGUGAAUUAUUAUAUCAACUUUGACAUUUCUUGUCUCAUGAUGUUUGUAAGUUGAAAUAAAUAUUUAAAAAGAAA